CAUACAACGCAUGACAUAACACUAACUUCAAUGACACGCCUCAUACAACUCAUAUACUAUCACUACAUUUGAUCCAUAUUUACACCAAUUAUGAGACCUUACUAUCGUCCCAUUGUCACCAUUUGUCGACAUAUGUCUUCACAAGCAAAAGGAUCGACUCCCAAGUCAUCGACCGGUUCUACCAAAUCUCAAUCAACUACAUCGACACCAACGGCCACAUCGAGUGGUCAGAUAGACGACGGCACGUAUAAGUCUCCCGAAUAUUACGGUCAUGAUAUCAAUACUUUCUAUGAUCUGAUGGUAACUCAGUCUAAAUACAGACUCACACAACCAUCAAAUAAGUCGUGAUUUAAUAGAUAAUGCAAUCAAUUAAAUGCCAAUUAACUUAUGUAUAAACAAUUGUAGAUUUUAUUCAAUGAUUUUACAAUUCAAGUGACAAAUUUCAAUCCAAAGUGAU